AGCCUCUUCCCUCUGUGUCUCUCCUCCCCUCAGGUCCCAGCCCCUUCAUUAAUCCCAGUAUGAAAGGGAAGCCUCUUGCUGGCAGCCACAUAACCAGAGCCUCCCUGGAGCUUCUCUCACACAGCAGGAAAACCCAACAACUCACAGCCUGAAUCUGGGAACCUCUGACUCAAGUUUUCUAAUUUGACAUGGAGCUCCACAGUAUAAAUCAAAUCUUCCAUCCUCACCACCUCGGUGAGGAGAAGCAACAGAUGCUGAACCUGAACCGACGACUGGAGACCUACCUGAACCGGGUCAAGCUGCUGGAGGGGGAGAACAUGAAGCUUGCUAAAGAGAUCCAAGCGAUGAGACACAGCGAUCAGGGACGCUCCGUGCUGAGGGAGGGCCUGGAGAAACAGCUGCACCAGGCGAGGCUGGACGUGGACGCAGCCUGGACGGACAGGGUCCUCACAGAGCUGGAAGUGGGUAAGCUGACAGAGGAGUUCGAAGCCCUGAACCUGCAGAGACACAGGGAGGCGGAGGCCAAACAAAUGGCCAUGAAAAACUUGGAGCAAAGCAGGAAAGAGUUUGAUGAAGAGAUGAGGGCACAGAUCUGGCUGAGGGAGAAGGUCAACCAGCUAGAACAAGAGAUGAGGCUCCUAAUUCAAACUCAUGAGGAGGAUGUGGCUCACUUAGAAACGGCACUAACCCAAUCCAGAACCACAGUCCCACCUGCUUUUACCCAGAAGAGCAACCAGACUCCAGACCUCAUCAAGAUGGGCCAGGAGUUCUCCCAAAAGGCCACCAGGGCAUGGCAGGAGGCAGCCGAGGCCUAUCAGGACCAGCUAGUUCGGCUGGAGGAGUCGCUCGAUCAGGCCAGGGGACGUUUGGCUCAGGUAAACCAGGAGAAGCAGGAGAGCCGGUUACAGAUUCUAGCUCUGGAGAAGGAGAUCGCCUCAAGUCAGGAUGUAAGGCAGCAUCUGGAGAAGACUGCAGCCCAACGGAGGGAUGAGUACAGCCUGGAGAUCCAGCAGCUCCAGAAGCACUUGGCGGGUCUGGAGGCGGAGAAGGAGCAGCUGGGUCAUCAGAUUGAUCACCUCCUUCAGGAGAACCGCAGCCUCAUGCAGAUGAAGAUCUCUCUGGGCCUGGAAGUAGCAACAUACAGAACUUUGCUGGAUGGUGAAAGACUCAGAGGGGAGGCAGGCCUGAUAAAGAAACCAAGAAAUAUUUCCUUCGCAGAUGCUGUCUUCAGUCCUCCUGGGCUUACAAAGAGUUACCACAACCAACUGUCUGCCCCCCGUAAGAGCACUUCCACCUCAAUUGUCUAUCCGGUGGCAGCAACCCCAGUGGCCUUCAGGAGCAGAAAUCCUGAGUGCAGCUUGACACAAGCAGCAGAUGUGUCAAAGCCAAAAACGCAUCCAAAAAGAAUCCCGGAUGAAGCAGUGAAAAAUGUUACACCUCAAGACAUUCAAGAGAACGUUGCAAAUGUUGAGCUUUUGUCGACUUCUAUAGACCAUAAAGCACCUGCUGCACCCUUGGAGGAAAAGGAUGGAGGCAGGUCAAGUAUGGUUGAGAGUCCUGAGGAAGUCAUUGAGUCUGCUGUAAGCUACCAGGUUGAGUCUGGACUCAGCAGUGAGCCGGAUUUCAGUGAUGAAGCUGGUCUGCAUCCUUUCCUGGAAAACAGCAUCGCAUUGAAGAGCAACAGAGCAAGAGAUGAACCCGGCAGUUUCUCAGAGGAUUUGGAAAAGGAAGUGAAAUUUGAAAAAGAAAGUAUGAAACAGCCAUGUUAUCCCACUGAAAAAGUAGAGGAGACAGAGGGGGAAGGUAGAGAUAAGGUAGAGCAGUUGGGAGAUUCUGAAACAGAGGCAAUCCUCAAACCAAGCACUGAGUGCAGAUCCAGCAGUGUGGACUCUGUAUGUCAACCUGUGGAAAGCCUUUAUACCCAAGAGAUGACGAGUGAUGCUGCAGGUGAGAGAAGAGAAGAAGUCAUGGAGGUUGAAGACAAGUUAUACCCUGAUGGAGAAGAGAUGGACACAUGGGACAGCGUGAUAGAGAGGAAGGUGGAUGAGAAGACAGAUGAGGAGCAAAAACAUGAAGAAAAAAUUCAACACGCUGAACCAGAAGAAGACAUUUCAGCAAAAGAGACAAAGCAUGCUAUGAAAGAAAUCAGUCAGGAUCCAAAUGUGGCCUCUUUACAAGUAAAUGACAGCCAACAUGGCUCAUUAGACCAGGAUCAUGCUCCUCCCUCUGAAAAUGACGGGGAAGACGAUGAUGAAGAGGACUCCCAGAACGUCUCUGUGUCCUGGAGGACUGAGUUGGAGGGCGACAGCUAUGCUCAAGACAACACUCUUGCUGACACGCGACCCCUGAUUCGAUACAAAAGUGAUGAGACCGACGCCCACACACAGGCGUCUCACCUGGACGAGAGCGAGUCGAGUGACGGGGAACAGGAGAGGAAAACGGGAGAGGCUGGAACGUGGAGUGAGGGAAAAUCAAAGACAUUUGGAACCAUGGAGGACCUGUGUGAAGAAGUGGAGGAUGAAUCAGUAGAUGACCAGUACAACCCUGAAGACAGGGAUGAGAGCCAGAGUACAGUGGUCAAUGAACAAGCUGAGGUGGCAAAUCUAGAAGAUGAAGACGGAAGUGCUAGAAAUGUUGAAAAAACUGAAGAGCUUACUGCAACCAAAGGACUAAAACUCGAAGAGGAGGAGCUGGAGAUGGACAUACUUGUGGAUGAAGAGUUGGAAAAUCUGAGUUCCAACACAAAUUUUUUACAGUGGCAGGUCAGCGAGGAGAACCAAGAUCUGAGCCUCAACAAUGAGCAGAAGGAGUCUGAGAAACCAAUACCUGAGCAUCCUGAGCACACGUCACCCUCUACAACUGAAGACCAAGCUUCUGAAACAGCCAUGCUCAAUGGUUCCUCGGUGGAAGAACAUGAUGUUGAACCUAAAAACAAAGAAGCUGAAGAGAAGCCAGCUGGACAUGGGCAAGAAAUGGAACAGAACUUAUUCUCUUUAAUGUGUGCUGAUGGAAAAAAAGAUCAUUCAGCCUUUGGUGCCUUCAGCAUCAGCUCUGAUGUGGACAAGACAGUGGAAUCCGAAGAUCCUAAAUCUGCGGUGGCUUUUACAGAAGAUGAAAUAGAAAUUCAGGAUGUGGUCAGAAAUGAGGUCACAGAGGUUCUUCCUGGAGAGAAAUCCCAGAAGCCACAAGAGGAUGAAGAUGAAGGAGAAGAAUCACACAUGUUUCCUGAAAAUGCAGAAGCAGCAGAAUGGGAAAUCCUAGACGACCCAACAUACGAUUAUAAAAUAGAAGAUCAUGAUAGGACUUUCACCGAUCAAGAAUCAGCAGAUUACAAUCCUGAAAGUCAUGAAGAUGCUGCUGAGAAAGUGGAAGAAGAAACGGACAUCUUCAUAGUCAGUGCUCCAUCAGAUAACAAACCACCGGAUUUCUUCUCCUCGGGUGUGAAGAACGACUUCUGGGUGUCCUCCCUGGAGGGCGGGGCUGCAUACGAUGACACCUGCGAGGAAGCAGAAGAGCAAGGAGAUCAGAAUCAAGGGUUUGCUGAACCCCCAAAUGUGGUUAAUGGCCACUCCAUGGUUGUUGCUGACUCCUCCAAACCUUUAGCUGCUGUGAAAGAUCAGACAGAGGUUUCUGUGGAAGCAAAGAAGGUUUGUCAAAGAUAUUUUGAGGGGGAGAUGAUUCAUUCUGAGGACUCUGAAAAUGAGGCCGAAUCGUGGUCAUCUGGAGAUGAAGCAGCAGCAGAGAGAAAUCCUUUUUUAGACACUACAUAUUAGUUGUGUUGUGUUUCAAGCCCAAAGUUUCAGCAAAACAACCAACAACAGGCUGGUUCUUUAGUGUGCAUGUGGUAGAAUAGCACUUUCUGCAUGAGGAAUGAGCAUCAAGACAGAACAAAGGAGAUGAUUUGAAAGUCAGAACAGUAUUGAUCACGGCCUAAUCAGACUUUACUAGGAAAAUGGAAAUCAAUGGGAGACGAAGGUUUGAGAUCCUCAUAUAGCAGCUCUUUCAUAGUGAAAACUAGCGUUUGCUUUGGUUAAUUAGUUCAGUUUUACUUGUGUUUGCAUGUUUUAGUCAUUAAGAAGGACAGAUUUUUCAUUUUUAUCCACCCAGAUCUCUGAUUUAUGGUGUAUACAGUGCAAAAUAAAACAAAGAUUUGAGAA